GAGUGGCUGGGGGGGUGGGGGGGGCGCACACGGGCAGUACCAUGAGGCUUGCCGUGCUCGGACUGGGCCUUCUCGUGGCGGGAGUCACCGCCGGCGCAGGUGGGGGCAGCGGGGGCCAGCGGCGAGGCGGCGAGGGGAGGAGGAGACUGCAUCGCGUCCAGCACGGCCAGUGCAGCUACACCUUCAUCCUGCCCGAGAUGGAGAGCUGCCGGCCUGCCGCCGACCAGUAUGGCAACGUUAACGCAGCGCAGAGGGAUGCGCCGCCGGCCGAGGGCGAAUGGUCGGCCCAGAAACUGCAGCAUCUGGAGAUGGCAAUGGAGAACAACACGCAGUGGCUACAGAAGUUGGAGAACUACAUCCAAGAAAAUAUCAAGAGCGAGCUGGUGCAUAUUCAGGCUCAUGUCGUCCACAACCAGACUGCCAACAUGCUGAAGAUGGGCACCAACUUGCUAAGCCAGACUGCGGAACAGACAAGAAAGCUUAACGUUGUGGAGGCACAGGUUCUAAACCAGACAUCACGGAUUGAGAUCCAGUUGUUAGAAAACACAUUAUCAACAAAUAAACUGGAGAAGGAGUUGCUGAUGCAAGUUUCUGAGAUUUCAAAACUGCAGAACAAAAACAGCCAGCUGGAGAACAAGGUACUUGUGCUGGAGUCUCAGCAUAAGACCGAGCUGGAAGACCUGCGGGAGGAGAAGCAGCAGUUACAGAACCUGGUGGUACGCCAGGCAACGGCCAUCGAGGCCCUGGAAAAGCAGCUGCACGUGGCCAGCAGCAACAACUCGGCCCUGCAGCGGCAGCAGCUGCAGCUCAUGGAUUCCGUGCACAGGCUUAUCGGCAUGGUGUCUGCAGGCUCAGCACUGCAGUGGAGGGAGCUGAGGUUCCGGGACUGUGCUGAACUCUACAGAGCGGGCCACAACGUGAGUGGUGUCUACAGCAUACACAUCGACAUCAACAUGACCGAGCCCGUAAAGGUUUUCUGUGACAUGGAGACCAGUGGAGGAGGCUGGACAGUCUUCCAGCGCAGAUUCAAUGGAAGCGUGGACUUCCAAAGGACUUGGAAAGAGUACAAGAUGGGCUUCGGCGACCCUGCUGGCGAGCACUGGUUGGGCAAUGAGGCAGUAUUCAGGAUAACUAGCCAGGGCCAGUAUUCCCUGCGGGUGGAGCUGAAGGACUGGGAGGGCAAUGCACCCUUCUCCCAUUAUGACAGAUUCCAGCUGGGCAGUGAGAAACAAAACUACCGCUUGUUUUUGAGAGGCUAUAGCGGAACUGCAGGACACCAAAGCAGCCUGGCACCGCAUGGCACCAGCUUCAGCACCCGCGAUGCAGACAAUGACAACUGUGUGUGCAAGUGCGCCCUCAUGCUGACUGGAGGUUGGUGGUUUGAUGCCUGCGGCCUUUCCAACCUCAACGGUAUGUACUACACAGUGGGGCAAAACAUCCGCAAACUGAACGGCAUCAAAUGGCACUACUUCCGUGGGCCAAGCUACUCCCUGCGCUCCACAGCCAUGAUGAUCCGGCCGUUGGACUUCUGAGCAGGACACAGAGGCACCAGAGGCUCGAUAAACUGCACGGACCCGGGCCAUUAGUCACUGGAUGCUUGCCUCCUACUGAACUGCCAGGGGAAUCGGGAGUCACCGAAAUACCAAGAUGAAUGGAGACAGACCCAACGUUUAUCUGGCUGAACAUGUUGUUUUCAGCCCUUUUCAAACACGUCCUCUCGUGUUCUGUCAUGUUUCCCAAAGAUCUUCCUUGUCGAGAUUCUGCAGGAGCAACGCGAUGUGGAAGUAAACGCAGAAUCCGGCCCCAGGAGCGCCCGCUCGGGCCUUCAGAGCAAUCACAAGGCAUCGGGAAAGUGCUCUGUAAUACCGGUAACCAUGGAUACAUGUGUAGCCCUUCGCAAACGUGGAGAGAUGCUCUUCGCCUGACUGUCGGAGAAUCGGCGUCCAAACACCCGCUGCCGUUUGCACAGCAAUUCUCCUUUUCCUCAACGUUUCCGCAGUGAUUUUAUGGACAAGUGACUUGACUCCUUCCACCGCACCUGCUGAUCAGAGCUGGUAGUUUUUGCUGAUUCAUUUCCAGUUUGCUGAAGGACAUUGUGCCCAGGCCGGUACGGUACAUACUGUGCAUGUCACGCUGUUACAUUCCUUGACUAGGGUACCAUUUGUAAUGUUUUCUAAUUUAUGACACAUAUUCCAUGCUGAAGGACAUGUAUCCGUGAACAGAAGUUUAAUUUAUAUUAAAGUGAGGAACAUGUUUUUGUUUGAUUUUUCAAGCACCGUUUCAGGCCCUUAAUAACGUUACAUAAACUUCUGUUCGAAAUACCUGAACGAUGUAGUACGUUUCCUGUAUCUUUACGUGGGUCAUUAUUUCAUACUUAUUUUUUGCAUUUUUAUGAUAGUAUGAA